UUUCUUCAGUGUUAACGGAAGUGAACAUUAAAUCAAGAACAAUUUUGUACGUUAGUGUUUUUAUUGUUGUUAUUUAGACGUUUAUUAACACCCUGGAACUCAACAUAUGACUAAUUUAUCUGCAAAGAAUCACAUACUUACUCCAGGUAGUAUUUAAUUCGCGUUGGAGACUGGAUUUGGUUGAUAGAUGUUAUUUAAGUAAAGCUAGCUAGUAGCUGCUAACAAUGGCUAAACGUAUGGUUUUUCACACUCAAAUAGCCUCCAUCAUGGAGGUGCUAGCGAAUGCAGCCGUGGCAGAGAUCUGUAAACUCGUAGACGACGACUAUGCAGUGUUUCGUUUGGAAAUAACUCAAAGCCAGAAAGAAAACAGGGCAUUGCGGACAGAACUGAAAGUGGCACGGGAGCGCGCAGAGAGGACAAUACGAGAGCGCGCCCUAGCUAGUCGUCCCAGUAGUGUCAAGAUCCUCGACCGAUACAGAGGAAUGGCAAGAGGUGAAGGCCACAGCUGCUUUAUGAAGCCAGCGGAACACAACGCGUGGAGAGAUGACCAACCCAUAGCUAUAAAUGAGGGGACUGGAACCUCAACCCAGCAUGUUAUCGUGAAAGAGUCUGCAGAGGCUGCAGGUCCUGGGGUCAAGCUGGAGAGGUCUGAAGGAGAGCACCCACGGCACAGCAGAGACAUCCAGGAUGGUGCAGCGUCUGGAGUGGCACCCCCUGUAGCCAUGGAGGACCCCACCACCACACCAGCGCUGCCCAGGACCCGACACAGCAUCACGGACGUCAGUGGAACGCUGAAUGCUGUCCUCAAGUCAGAGACGGACACUACGACUUUAACAGUGCUGGAGCGACUGGACUGUUCUCCUGGUCGCCACUCUGAGUAUUUACUUUAUGGGAGCCCGAGGAAGGUUCUGUCCCAUCAGGACUCAAGUGACACGUUACAGAAUAGCAAUGAUCCGUCCUAUUCAUACACUACAGAGACGAUACCUGGUGACAUGCCUGUGGGCUUAGAUACACAGACUAAUCCAAUGAGAGGGGACUGGAACCAGUACAGUGGUAAUGUAUACUCUGAAGGGUCCUUAGAUAAGAAAGGGGAGGGUCUGGUUGUAGAUGAAGUGACUGUGAAGGAGGAGGGUGACCCUCUGACAUGGAAUGCCGACGAUACUCACUUAGGAGGCCAGCCGCAGGGCAACACUAGUGACUUCUUAGACUACAGGGAAAGCUUAGAGCCAAAUCCAAAUAUCGCAACCCACUCCCCUUUACACGCGUUCAGGGAUUCAGACCCAGAGUCCACAUCGAUGGCACCUUCCAAUUUACACGGCUGCGUCCUUUUUGAUCAGGUAUUGAAUUCAAAGGAUGUAAGGUCCAAGACUCGGGGAGAGGGAGCAACAUCAGGCAACAGUAAAGAGAAACGGUUCCUCUGCAUGUUCUGUAACAAAGGCUUCAGCUGCCCCCAGAAGGUGGAAAUCCACCAGAGGGUCCAUACAGGGGAGAAAUUAUUCAACUGUACCCAGUGUCACAUGCGCUUCACCCAGGCUGGCACUCUGAAGAGACACCAGAGGGUCCACACAGGGGAGAAACCCUUCAGCUGUACCCAGUGUCACAUGCGCUUCACACAGUCUGGCAACCUGAAGAUCCACCAGAGGGUCCACAUAGGGGUGAAACCCUUCAGCUGUACCCAGUGUCACAUGUGCUUCUCCCAGGCUUGGAACCUGAAGAGCCACCAGAGGGUCCACUCAGGAGGGUCUAGAGGUGCUGCUGGUGAAGGAAAAGGGGCGUGAGGUGGGUCUGGGGAUCCCUGAAGGUAGUGACGAGAUGAUUAAUACAGAAGCUCCGAUGCAGUUUUCAAAGCACUACUGAUUCGACAACGUUUCAAUGCUUGCGUCAAAGUAGCAAUACCACGUGAGGAUGACGUUCGAAGCUUCGGACGUCACAGUACUAUCUGACAAGUGUCGGAAAUCGGAACUGAUGGUGCUUUCAAGACCACUGGGAACUCAGAGAAGGGGGAAAAAACACAGUCUAAUCAAGACGUCAGUGAUCUUCAGGUCGGAGCUGUAGAAAGAGGCCCAAGUUCUCGACUUGGAUUUCCAGUCGGAGCUCAUAUUUUCCCCCAGAGUUCCCAGUUAUUUUGAACGCACUUAAGUCGGAGAUUUUUGAGUUUCCAGUUGCUCUGAAGAAGGCAUGAGAGUGCUGAUCUCAUUCCAGCUCUGCUGGGAGCUUUCAAGAAUCUUUGAAUUUUGUCUAGAUAAUUCAGUUUUAGCAGGUGAACGAUAGUUCAGGGCGUACAGCCAAAUGGCGGAUUAAUCUAUCCUGAAACCAUAACACAGUAUCGAAUCUCGAGACCUUUUCUUUCUCAGAACAGUGAUUGUAAAUGAAACAACUAUAGUAGUUUUUAUUGAUAAUUAUCAAAUGAUGUAUCCAAAGUUUGUUGUUAAUAUGUAAAAUUGAGUGGGAAAAGUUUAAUUAAAACCCAAGGCAAAGUUGACAAGCAGUUACCUCGUGAUAAAUGAGGUAAAAAGCUUCGUUUGAUCCAAGUCAGUAGCUUCCAAAACAGCGACCUCUGCUGGACAGUACAUAGAGUUAUUCUAGAUAUUCUUCUGCUUUUCUCACCUGACAGGUGGCUCAGCCUGUAGAGCAGCGCAAGUCAGUCGUGUUCUUACAGCACAGGAUUACAUUCCUGUAUAAAUGUAUUUUUUUUAUUUGAAACACUGGCUACAUUGUAUUUCUAACUUUUACAUUCUUUGUUUAGAGAAGCAUAGGCUGCUCAGGUUUUUUAUUUAACAUCCUAAACCAUGCCAUGUAACCACCAUCUUUUGUAAAGUUGUUCGUUUCAAACACUGAGCUAGUGUGCUUUUUCGAACCAUAAUUUGCAAAAUUCUUGAUCCCACGGAAUUCAAUACAAUGUUUCUGUCAUACACCGACCUCUACUGGACACCUUAUUUACCAAUUUACUUCGAUUUUUAAAUCUUCUAGUACAUCAACGCUAGUGCAGGUAGGGACAGCGAUUUGGGAUCAGACACUAGCGUAGGCACAAUAUAUAAUCCUGGCUAUGGUUGAAAAUGUAGUUUCUUCCCAUAGUUGUUCAAAUAAAACUUUUUUGUGUAACCUAUGAUAAUCUUUUGUCUUCUGGAUCCUAAAUAAUACCCGUUUUUAAUAAACUGGCGGAAAAAAGGACAAAUAGGAUGUGAACCCCACAUUCUAAUUGAAUGUACUAAAUCAACGCUCACACCUACCCAUUGCACCACGACGUUUUGAUGGAUGCAUCGGAAAACAAGUAUACUGCAUAUAAACAUCAAACAUGCUGACCAGCAGAUGUCACUGAUGCGCACUGUGUUAAAAGCUCAGAGUAAUUAACCUUUUUCGGUACAAUUUGGUGAAAGCCCCAAGUUUCAGAAAGCAUCGAUUUCCCAUCACCAGAAAUUGACCGUGGUGAUAUAAAUCAACAAGUUUUAGGCAAUGUUAUCAUGCAGCUUGGGUAUCCACUCAGCUGUUGUCUAAAUAAUAAAUGCGGUGGUUUUCUAACAUGGCCGGCAGGAGGCGUCGUACGUCAACUGGCAUCCCAGACUUGACUGUGGUUAAUAUUUUAUAAUAUCAUGUCCCCCAGACACGAUCAGGACACGCAUGUUGAAAUACCAAAACAAACUCUGAACCAACUAUAUUAAUUUGGGGAUA